AUGAAGCUUUCAGGUAACUCCCGAUUCCGGGACGGCAACUGGCUGUACAAAUUGCCGCUGGUGCUUGCGCCGUUGGCGUGCACGAUCUCCAUGACUGUGCGAGCUAGUGAUUUCGAAAUUGGCGAAGUGAGCGGGCGCUACAACGGCAGCAUAAGCGCUGGGGGUAUUUGGAAUGCCUCAAAGCCUCAGGCAUCAGCCAUUUCCCAGGGCAACGCCAAUAGCAUUGGCUAUGGAUCGGCGGGCCAGUUCAACCCCAAUGGUGGGCGCACGGGUGAUGACAGCCGCCUCAACUUCCACAAGCGUGGUGAGCUGGUUUCCUCGCCAGUGACCGCGUUGGGUGAAAUUGAAUUCAAGUGGCAAAACUAUGGCGCCUUUCUUCGCGCGAAGGCUUGGUAUGACUACACGCUGAAUAACAAAGACGUGCCAUUUGGUAACUCCACAAACGGCUAUGACCACAAUGCGCCCCUGAGCGACAGUCACUUCGAUGACCUUGCCAAGUUUCAAGGAAUCGCGCUUCUGGAUGCCUAUGUAUUUGCCGACUACGAGAUCGGUAGCCACCCCCUGAAUGUGCGGGCCGGUAAUCAAGUGGUGAACUGGGGGGAAGGGUUGUUCUUCCAAAAUGGUAUCAACUCGAUAAACCCGAUUGACUCCGCAGCCUUGCGGCGGCCCGGCGCUCAGGUGAAAGAGGGGUUGCUGCCAGUCCCGAUGCUGUACGGCAACUUUGGUGUGACCGAUAGCCUCAGCGUUGAAUCGUUUUAUCAGUUGGAAUGGCGCAAAACGGUGCUUGAGGGAUGCGGCACGUACUUCUCCACCAAUGACUACGCCGCUCCCGGUUGUUUCGGCAUACCUCAAAGACCCAGCGCAAACGAUCAGAUCAGUAUCGAGACGGGCCAAUACAUCGCCCGCGCAAAAGAUAAAGAAGCCCGUGACAGUGGGCAGUUUGGAUUGGCGCUGAAAUACUUUGCCGACAGCAUAGGAACCGAGUUCGGCGCCUACGCUAUGAAAAUUCACUCACGUACGCCCUACAUCAACACCAUCGCCGAUCAGCGCCUGUCCGGUGCGGGUUGGCAGAAUCCGACAACCCAAGCCAUCGCUGAUGCGAACGCCAAAUACUACGACGCAUUCCCCGAAGACAUCCGCAUCUUUGGCCUCAGUUUCUCAACCGAAGCGAUGGGUUCUACGGUGUUCGGCGAGUACAGCUACCGGCCCAAUCAGCCGGUGCAACUGAAUAGCUCGGACACGCUUCAGGCCUAUGCUGGCGACCCGAGUUCAGCCCUCAACGGUACCGGUGGGUUCGGCGGCGUAGUGGUCCCGUUACCUCAGGGGCCGGACGGCCUGGCAGCGGCACCUGGGGCCAAAGUGAACGGUUAUGACCGCCUCAAAAUUUCACAGCUAUCUCUCGGCACUACCCGAACGUUUUCUCAGGUAUUGGGGGCGGACAGCCUAAGCCUUACGGCAGAGGCCGCUGCGAAGUACAUCCAUGAUCUACCGAGCCUUGAUGAGCGGCGUUAUGGUCGUACCGACAUCUACGGCACGGACAUGGCGAACGGUAGCGCGAAGGGCUGCCAGGUCGGCGUGCCGGUCGAAAAGUACAAAAAAUACGCGUGUACCAGCGACGGUUUCGUAACUGCUUUUUCUUGGGGCUAUCGACUCAGAGGGCAGUUGAACUAUCCGGGCGCAUUUCUCGGUGUGAACGUCUCGCCAUAUGUGGCAUUCGGCCAAGACGUCAAAGGUUGGUCGUAUGACGGCAACCUCGUUGAGGACAGAUUGACCGGGUCGCGUACGAGCGGGUUUCUAACCAGGAGGCACACAAUGAACAACAAAUACCUCUAUACAGCACUACUCUCGAGCGUGAUUGCCCUGGCAAGUGGCGCGGCGACCGCUCAGUUGAGCGAAGGCGAACUCGCACGGCUCAGCCAAGACUUGACCCCUACCGGCGCGGAAAAAGCGGGGAAUGCUAAUGGCACCAUCCCUGCCUGGGACGGUGGCCUCACCAAGGCUCCCGUGCCGUUCAACCGAGAGAAAGGCUACGUCGACCCAUACGCCGCCGACAAGCCACUGUAUACAGUGACCAGCGCCAAUUCGGCUCAGUAUGCUGACAAGCUGGGAGCCGGCUAUAAAGCCAUGCUCUCCAAAUUCCCUGACUUCAAGAUGAUCGUCUACCCGACGCAUCGAAGUGCAGCGCUUCCCCAAGCCGAGUACGACCAGAUCCGUAAGGAAGCGGCCAACGUGAAGCUCGCCGAUAACGGCGCUGGAAUGGUCGGUUAUCAACGUACCACUGUGCCGUUCCCUGUUCCCAAGCAAGGGCUUGAGGUUAUCUACAACCACUAUGUGCGUUAUCGCACGGGCGAGAUCCACAAUUAUCCCACCGAAAUGGUGGUGCAGGGUUCUGGCGGCUUUACACCUACCCACCGUGAAUCAAUCUUGGUCAUGGCUUCAGCCUUGAACAAUCCAGAACCGAAUCGUCUCUACUACACGUUGCUAAAAAUCACUGGACCAGAAAGCGUCGCUGGCACAGUGACUUUGGCGCACGAACCCAUCGACCAGACCAAGGAAACUCGCUUGGCUUGGCAAUACAACCCAGGGCAACGCCGAGUCCUUCGGGCGCCGGAAGCAAACUACGACACGCCAGUGUCGACGGCAGACGGUUUGCGCACCAACGACAUGAUCGAUAUGUACAGCGGUGCGCCCGACAAAUACAACUGGAAGCUCAUCGGCAAGAAGGAAAUGAUUGUUCCGUACAACACCUACAAACUGGCUGAUCGCUCCCUAAAAUACGAGGAGAUUGCUAAGGCUGGGCACCUCAAUCAAGACCUGUUGCGCUAUGAACUGCACCGCGUAUGGGUGGUGGAAGCCACGCUCAAACCGGACGCCAGGCACAUCUAUUCCAAGCGGGAAUUUUACGUAGACGAGGACAGCUGGAACAUCCUUGCCGUCGACCUAUUCGACGGAAAUAACGGGCUCUGGCGGAUGCAGGAAGCCCACACAUUGCAGCGCUACGACGUCCUGUCGAACCUUCAAAUCAGCGACGUGAGCUACGACCUGCAAUCUCAGCGUUAUGCCGUUUAUGGCUUGGAAAAUGAGGAAAAGCCUGCCGAGUUCGGCCUCAAGUCGAAAUUCACCGACUUCAGCCCGGCAGCGCUACGCCGCAGCGGUCAC